AUGUCCCACGCAGACAAAACAGCCCUCAUCAUCGGCGGCAGCCACGGCAUCGGCCUCUCAACCGCACAGCUCCUCCUCGACCAAGGAGCCAAAGUCCUCGUCACGGGCCGCAGCCCAGACCCCAUCCGAUCCGCGCAAGCACAGCUCGGCCCCGCCGCCAAAGUCAUCGCCUGCGACAUCACCUCCCCACCCGCCAUCGGCACCCUCUUCCAAACAGCCGAGUCCCUCUUCGGGACCGGCCGCACAAUCGAUCUCCUCUUCCUCAACGCCGGAUACGCCGCCCUCGAGCCCUUCCAGGACGUCUCGGAGGCCUCCUUCCGGCGGACCUUCGACACAAACGUCUUCGGCACGUUCUUCGUGGCGCAGAAACUCGCGCCGGUGAUGAAACCCGGGGGUGCGAUCGUGUUUACCACCUCUGUUGCGAAUCAGAUGGGCAUCCCGGGGAUGGGCGUGUACUCUGCCUCCAAGGCGGCCGUGCACUCGUUCGUGCAGACGCUGGCGGCGGAGCUGGUGGGUUUGCGGGUGCGGGUGAACGCCGUCUCGCCUGGUUUCGUGCGGACGCCGACGAUGGGUGUGGUGGGUGCGUCGAAGGAGGAGUUGGUGGAGUUUGAGGGGCUGGGGGUGCAGAGUACGCCGAUGGGGAGGAUUGCCGAGCCGGCAGAGGUGGCCAAGGCAGUGGUGUUUUUGGGAUUCGAGGCGACGUUCACGACGGGGGAGCAGGUGGUUGUUGACGGGGGGUUGGCUACGUUGCGAGUGCAUUGA